CCCUAUGCCUCCGCUGUCCUUCGCUUUCAAAUCCGCUUUCCCGACAUCUACCCUGAUCUUCCACCUCUCGUGAUAUUUGCGACCGACGUUUUUCACCCCCUAAUUGUCCCUCUCACAACAUAUACGUUCAGCACAAGUUCGACUAGUGACCACCCCGUCAGUGCAUCAGACGAAGAACGCCUUCCUCCAGGGGGCUUCAGCCUCCGACAUGGGUUUCCGCAUUGGUUUGGCAGAACCAAACGAAAUGGGACUACCUCAGGGAUUUCAUCUCGAAAUGUGAGCGGGAAUAGCGCUCGCACGAUACCUGCGGAAGAAGUUCGAACAUCAGAUAUCCCUGUGACGCAAGAGAACGACACAAAUGAGGCAGAGGUUCGAGAGCAGGAUGCAGAGGAUAAUGAGGGGAAGCCUCGCAUUUCUUCUGUACCUUCAGGACUUCAGUGUGCAGAGCCAAGAAAAAUUGUUCCAGUCUGGGAAAUAUUACAUUAUAUUCGAUCGACUUUCGACGAUGAAGACGUGCUGGACUCGUUACCUGUUGAAGCUGCCGGGAACCCGGGAGCAUGGCACGCAUGGAAAGCCCAUCGACGAGGUGGUAACCGCCCUGGUGAUCUAAAACGGGGAUGUCCCCAGGCUCGACUCCCUGGGGACUGGCAUUGGGAUGGUAUCUGGGCACGAAGAGUGCAAGAUGAGAUCGAAGCCAGUCAUUCGGAUCCAAUCAUUUUUGGAAACGCUGCUCGCGGAGGGGCUGAUGAAAUAAUACGGUUCUCACGGCUGGAUGCGACGACUUUGACUUCGGUGAAGGAGCUGAUGGAGUCGGUGGUGGAUGUACAUAAUAAAUGA